AUGGCGUUCUUCGGCGCGUCGUCGCGCGCCGCCGCCGCGGACGAUGAGGAUGAGACGCGCGCACCAUAUCCGCUGCGCGCGUCGCCUUCCUUCCUGCCGUCGCCGCCGGCCUCCGUGCCUUGCGGCUCCUUUUCGCUCCCCUCCGCCUCGCUUUCGCCUCCUUCCUCGCCCAGCUCGCAAGGCGGAGGCACGCGGCUCCCCCCCUCGUCGGCGAUCGAGGCUUCGCCUUGCAGCCCGCUGCCUCGCGACGUGAACCGCCUCCAGGCCCGUGUGCAGCUUCAGCAUGCUCGAAUCGCACUGCAGGAAAAACGCAUCCGCGAACUGGAGAGAGAGCGCGGCGAACAGCUGCUCGCGUCGCAGCGCGCCCGCGGGGAUCAGAGCCAGGAGGCGAGACGCGCGACGCAGCCCGGAGGCCGCGCAGGAACCCGCCGAGACGAGACCGGCAGCGGCGCCUGGGUCCGCGCGAGGGACCUCUCAGGCCGCGGAGGAGGAGGCGACGCGGCGCAAGACAGAGAAGACGCUCUCGCCUCGGAGAACGAUCGGCUGCAGCAGCGCGUUGAGGAGCUGGAGCGCCGCCACCGCGAACACCUCUCCCUGCUUUCGCAGUUGCGCACUUGCCCCGUGCCGUUGUCCGCGUCGCAACCCCUCCAUUCGCUGGCGUUCCCUAGGGCUGUGGGUGCGUCUGCGCCGACCGAGGGCGUCUUCGCAGGCGGCGCGGGGAAGGACGCGGCCGGGGCUCGGGGCGGAUCCGUGCCAAGGCGCCGCAAGACAGACGAGGCAGCGACAGACGCGCUGGGAGGAGAGCGAGAGCCGCAGGAGGAGGAGGUCAAGGCGAAAGACGAAGGAAGCUGGGUGAGACAGCUCGCGGAGCUCCUCGAAAGGGCGGCCGGGGAAGGCGGGAUGCCCGAGACUGUACGAGACAAGCUGCGACAGAUUCAAAGGGAGGCGACGCAGCGUGACGCCGGAGACGCCGCGGCGCGCAAGCGAAUCGAUCCCACCCUUUCUCCUUCGCCAGCUGCGUCAAGGAGGCAACUAAUGCGGAGAAACAGCGGCGAGGAGGAAACAGGAUCUUCUCUUCGGGGGGCGGGAACGGGCGCAUCGCCGGCGGCUGAACUGGCGAAGCGGCGAGGCGCGCUUCCUCGCUCGGCAGACGGGGAUCGCGCCGGAGUGAAGCCUCGGCCGUCAGAAGAGACAGACGACGAAGAGAGAGCCGAGAACGACAUGGAGCGGCGUUUGCUUCGCGUCUUUCACCUCGUUUUCCGCGACAGACGCCUGAACGCCGGAGAAGGCCCCGUCCUUUCGCUGUCUGCAUGCAAGCUCAUCUCCGCGUCGUUGCGGCGUCUCGUCCGAGCGAGCCACGCGCUUUCUCGCUCUCAGCGGGCGAUCUUGGCCGCGGCUGGAUGUCUCGUGACUUCUGCGUCGCCGUCUCUGCCGUCGCCUUCCUCGCCUUCUCUAGCCCCUCCCCUCGCGGCUUCGUCUCACGCUGCGGCUCCCGGUCCCCGCGGGCCUGAAGCGUCGAACGGGCUCUCAGCCGCCUCUCUGCCUUCGGCGCUGAGCUCGUCGUGGGCGGCCUUGAGACAGUUGAGAAAAACCGCCCACGAUGGCGCGUGCUGUUUCGAAAGCGAAGGACAGCAUGCGGUUGGAGAAAAGGAGGCCUCGAUUGCCGGCGCGGAGGGCUCCACAACAGACUCUAGCCGCGCCUGCCUGGCGUCGGGAGUGGCAGCAGUCGGCGAGAGGCGCUUCGCGGGAGGUGCUGCGGCAGAAGACGCGCCUUUGCUUGCAGAGGCCGCGCGUGCGGCAACGUUCACGGCGCGCCGACUUGCGCAGGAGGAAGCCGCUCGCCGAGCUGAGUUCGUCGCUGCGUUUGACGUCUUCUGGUCCCUUUUUUGGGCGGAACUGCAGCAGUGUCCAUACACCCCCGCGCGGAUGUGCGCCUUCCUCGACUUCCUGCACGAGCUCUUUUCUCACUUGCCUUCUGCGUUCGUCUUCGUCUUCCUUGGCGGAGCCCUCGAGCGAGCCUCGCCAGACGGAAACGACAGCGACGCAUGCGCGGGGGGCGUUGUGGGCGGGAGAGUCGUUGGCGCGAUUCUCCGAAGUGCACAUAGUGUGCUAACGCAGCUCGAUCCCGGCCUUCCCGACUGCGUCGAAGACGCGCACGACGCCGGGCGACGCAGAGUCCGAGCUGUCCUCGAUGCUCCGGUGGACGUACGCCUUCUUCCCGCGGAACUCUCUUCCGCGGCUACGCGCGUGGGCUUCGCCGCUGGGCGGCAGGCCAAGGCCGAGCGGCGCGCGCCUGCUGAGAGCCCGCGGGGCUUUCGCGAAGAAGCGACAGCCUCGCACCGCCGCCGCACAUCGUCGCUGGGCGCGGAACGCUCCUCUGGCCUCGUCGGCAGGCCCUCAGAAGACGCCGGGGCGGGACACGGUGAACUGGGCGGCGGCGCCCGAAGUCUGUAUGGCCUCUCAGGAGAUGAGCAGCUGCCGCGGUAUCCCCUGCCCUUCUUCCUCCGCCUGGCGUCGCCUCGUUUUUCACCGGCGUCUCACUCGGCCUCCUGCGCGCGUGCGCCAUCGACUCCCGUGGAAGUCCCUCCUCUUUGGGCGUUUUGCUUUCUUUUGCAUCGUCUGCUUCGCCUGCUUCAAACUUUCUCCGCGGCUCUGCUUCAGCAUCAGCGGCGUCUCCUUUCCUCUCUUCGCUCGCUGCACCACUCGGCGCUCGCCGCCUCCGCCUUCCAGCCUCCCCUGUCCUCUUCUCUGCAUUUGUUUGGCCUCUCUCUCCAGGGCGGGGGCCCGCACGUCGCAGAGACCUUCUCGCGCGCUCCAUUUUCGGCGUUUUUGUCUUCCUCGAGUUCUGUCUCCUCUCUGGGCGCGCGAUCGUUAAUCGACGCGGACGAGGCGCGGAAGGAUGUCUUCUUCGCGCGCAUCCUGCGUGAGGCAUGCCAGGCGCACGCGAAAGCACAGCUCGAGCGCGACUUGCGCCAACUCGAGCGGCAGGCCUUUCUCUCCCUUUUCCUCCCCCUCGAUGCCUUCCCGGCGCUCCACGAGCUCCUUCAGCUCCAUGUGCUGACCGACCCGCCGUCUGCAGACGCGCCGCUCGCCCCAGCGCUUCUCACUGCGCACCCGGCGGCCCGCGCGUUCCUCGCACGGGGCUGCGAAGGCGGCGCGGAGCCAGGCAAAAGGCGCAGAAACAAAGGCCGCGAGAGUGUCGGGCUGCGGCUCAGCGAGUCGAGAGCCUCCGGCGCCGCCGCGGGAGCAGGCGGGCGCGAGGAAGAGAUGGAGAGAGAAGACGCGGACGGAGAGGUGGGGAGAGACGCCAUGCACGCGCUGCUGGAGGCCUGCGUGCUGCAGUAUCAGCAUCCGCCGCCGCCGCUGUUCGAGCUGCGGCUCGCGGCGCUCGGGCUCGUGCGGCAGGCCCUCGUUCUCUCGCGCUACUCCUUCGGCACGCUUCUCGACGGCAUGCGAAACCGCGACCGAAAACCGCGCGGCCGCCAGCCCUUUCGUGAGCACCCUCGCGUGGGAGGGUACCCUGCGCGCGAGAGAGAAGGAAGCGGAGAUGCGGCAGCUGACGCGCGGUCAGACGAACCUACGCUGCACGCCGAGUUCAUGCCGCCUUCGUUCUCCCCCCAAGGCAGGCAGGCGGGCGCCACACUCGGCGGCGAAUCUUCUCCAUUUGGCCCCGGCUCGGGUGUCUGUCCACCUCGGCAGCCCCCCUUCCCGUCGUCGACCGCCUCUGGGGGUGUGUCUGCGUGUGCGCGCGCAGCGUCUCUGCCGCCGCUCUGGCGGUCGUUUUCCUCCUCCUCUCUUCCCUCGGGGGCCUUCCCCCCCUUCACACGCGCGACACGGCCGCGCGUGGCGGGUCGUGACCUGCUGCAGGCUGUGUCGCUUUUUGUCUCCGCCGAGGCCUUCCACUGGAUGCGUCAGGCGUCGCUCUGGCUCCACGGGCUGCCUGCGCUCGAGGCGUCGGCCGCUCUCCGCGUUUUGCUUUCACCCCACAGGCCGAUCAAACAGAUUUCACACGGUAGCACGAGGGAAGCGGAAAGCGCAGCCAGCGACGCAGGGCUCCACGAAGGCGGAGGCGACAUGCGCGCGGCGGAAAAGACGGUAGACGCGAGGCAGGCGGCAGGCGACGCACACGACGAGAAAGAGAACAACCAAGGCGGGGCUCGCGCUUGGCGCCUGUUCCCUACAGCGUUCGCAGCCUCGUGUGUCUCGCCUCCUGAGGCUUGCCCUUUGUCGUGGCUCGCGGGAGAGAGAGAGAUGCUUUCAGAGGUCGCGGCUUUGCGCCUGAGGGAAGAAGCUCUCACGCUCUUCGAAGUACUGCUCACGCUGCCUGAAAACGAAGAAAUCUUCCUCGGGCGUCUCGAUGUCUGGCCAGGGUCCUCGUCCCACACUUCCACGCUCUUGCAAAGAAUUCUACUUCUGGCUUGGUCACUGGUGCUUUCGCUUUCGUCACCCUGCACCUCGUCUUCACGUGGCGCCGUUCUGGAGGCCACCGUCCCCUGCACGGUCCCUCUGUACGACCCCGUUGGGCUCCAGUGUCUCCUGGCCCAGGGGCCGCUGUCAGCGGCCGCGCUCGACCCCCCACUCGCCACGCGCCCCACCGCCCAAGAAGGGGACGCGUUUCAACUCCUGCUGCAAGGCCUGAUGUACCAGCAGACCUCUUCGAGUCUCCCGCAAUCUCGAGGCGAGGCUUCGUUUUCCGUCGGCGACUCCGCCUCGCCGUCUCUGUCGCCGCGACUCGCCUUCGCACGGAGACACCGCAGCGCGCUCCAGCGUGCCUGGGGUGUGGCGCCCGGUGCGUCGUCACCGGGACCGGGCGGCGUCCACCGAGCGCGAAUCUCUUCCAGCGCGUGGAAAGAUGGAGUGGUCUCGCAGCCCUGUUGUCUUCGCUCGGCGGCAUCGGGGCGGCGCGGCCAAUGUUGGGUUUCCUUUCUCCAGGGGGGAUCGCGGAAAGGCGAGGUGACGACGGAUAUUCUGCAGCAUGCACAGAGCCUUGAUUCCGAGUGUCCCGCUACACUGGCGAUCUGUUUUACGCAUCUCUACGUGCUGUCGGCUUCGCUUCCUCCCGUCACCGCGAGAUCUUCUUCCUCGCGGCGCGAGCUGCUCCUUGCGUCCCUUCGCGCUACCCUGGCGAUUCUCACGCACAACGUGCGCCUGGACGCGGAGGAUGGCGCCCCCGAGGCGGGAGAUGAGCGCAACGAAGAAGAAAACGGAAGCGAAAAAAAGCUCCAGCGACGCGAGGCAGAGCUCCAAGGGCCUUUAAUCGAGCGCGGGAAUCGCGCGACCCGCAUGCGAACGCCCGACAGAGCCGAAAACUUUCUUCUACCAGAAACGCUCGGAAGGACGUGGCCGCUCUUGCGGGCUUUGUGCGGCAGUCUGCAGGCGCAGGGGUGUGCGGCAGGCGGCUCUACGCUUGCGCGCUUCCAGUUUUUUGCAUCGCUCAUUCAAGCUGCUCUGCCGUAG